UGAGUGAAUGUAGUGAACGUUUAGUUCAUUAAACCAUUUCAUUCAUUAAAUGUAUGUUUGAAUUGAAUAUAGUAUUGAGUGAGUGGUCGACAAAACAGCAUUCAUAGUAUUGAUUGUUAGACACAUUGAGACCAAUGUAUAGAACUAUUGUAUGCAUUAUCCAAUUGCUUGAGUUGAUCCCAAAUCACCAUAUUUUACAUCAUAUGUGGUUUGUGGCAAAAUAGGCGUUGCAUUUGAUGGACAAACCAGUUGUGACUGACCUUAACAUUCAAAACAGCAAACACAACACAAUCCAUCAGUGAAUGCAUUGUCGCCAACAAUAAGACAACUGAUCCGUGACUGUAAAGCCAACAAACAUUAGAUGCAAAGCUUAAACCAUUGAUGAAGGAGUGGUCGCACUAAACCAUAUGAAACUCACUUUCUUUAUCAUUGUCUGACAUUUGAGUGAUAACUGUUAGACAAAUGUCUUCAACCAAAACCUAUUGUCUUUCAAUUGUGUCGAUUACGACAUUAAGAUUAUUACUAUUGAUUUCACUGCCAGUAUCUGGAGGUUCGACGCCGUGGAUCAAUAAACCAUGGAUUACCAGUCAAACAUCUAAUGAACAAAAUAUGGAUCAAAUAAACUUUAUUUCUCCACAACAAAGUCUCAGUCAAAGUCAAUGGCAUUCAGCCAUUCCUGUCUUCAAUGGUAAAGGUAUGGAUCAUCUGUAUCUGAUUACUGAAUAUGUGGUCAAUUUUUUGCAACCUCAUGGACUUCCGGACAAUAUUAUCAAAGAGGAACUGUUAGACGAUCCCAUUCCUAUUCUUCAGGAAAAUAAGGGAAAGUUAAUAUCACACUUUUGGGGACUUAUCUUAACAGCGAUUGUGAUAAUAAGUGUUGCUAUAGUAUUACCAUUGAUCGGAUGCUUUUGUUGUUGUUGCUGUUCAUCAGAUAACAACUCGAGACGUGCCAAACAUAGUCGCAACUAUAGCUCUUCAUCUUCAAGCUCUCCACAAAUAAGAAGAGGACACCGAAAGAAACGCUAUAAAGUUGACCGAACGUGUGAUCCUUGUGUCCGAAGUCUUAGUGCUGUCAAACUGUUUGUUCUGCUUUUAUUGCUUUCAUUUUUUGUCAUCUGUGCCUUCGUUACCAAUGAAUACAUCAGAACAGGAGUUCAUAAGUUGCCAAAAGCUUUAAACCAAACAACCGAUGAUAUGAUGCUAUAUCUGAAUAAUACCCAAAUAGAAGUCAAUACACUCUUGCGAACAAAUUACGAUCAAUUGGCUAAACUAUUGGGAGAUAAACUGGACAGAAGUGGUGUCAUUGUUAAGGAUAAAAUGGCUGUUCUCUCGGAAGCCGUCGCUCUUAACAAUCUGACAGAUAUAGCCUCGAAUUUAAAACUAAUUUUGAAUGAUUUGAAAACACUAUCAACCGAAACAAAUGAACUUCGAUUACUUACCGUUCAAUUACAGUCACGACUUAGCCGAUCCAGAAAUGAUUUAGAGCAAUUUCUAGAUCACUGUCGAGAUAAAAUAUGCUCUGAUUUACGCUAUAAAUAUAAUAGAGUUUUAUCAACAUUUGUGGUCACUUCACGUAUCGAUGAAUUACCCGAUUUGUCUCAUCUGAUGAAUAACAUCAGUCGUAUAUUAGAUGCUAAUAUUGUUGAAGAAAUCAGAAAAGGAAAGCAAUCGUUUGAUGAAAUAAGCUAUAAAUUACAGUCUACUGUCAACAAUACAAUACCUGAUAUUAAAAGACAAAUAUAUUUGGUUGGAUUAGAGUUGAGUGGUGUCGCCGAUGAUAUCAACUAUGUUUUGAGGCGUCCUUUUGUCGACUUAAAUAAUGUCAAAUCAAAUGUUUAUUUAGGAGAACAAUACAUCAAUAAAUAUGAAAUAUACUGUUGGUAUGCAUUUUUAUUGGGCACUUCAAUAUUGUUCAUAAUACUCAUGUUUUACUCAUUUGGAUUGUUAUGUGGUUCCUGUAAAGAACAGCCUACUCGGCAUAACUACAAAUGGCGCUCAAAAUCUUCGACCCGACUGUUUCGCUGUGGACUAACUAUAUUUAUGUUAACAUUUUUGCCAUUAGUAUUCUCAUCAAUUGUUUUGUUUCUAAUGGGAAGUAUUUCCGAUAAGACUGUCUGCUAUUAUUUGGAAAACCCUUCAGAUCCUCAAAGCAAACAAAUUGCAGACAUUAUUCAGAAUCGCUUUGAAAAACUUCAUUACUCGGAAUCUUUUAAUGUUAUUCAAGGCGUGAAACCAAACUUCGCUGAUGUAAUAACACGAUGUCAUCAGAAUCUCAGUCUCUUUAAUGUCUUGCAAUUGAAUCGAUUCAAUGAAAUCCAAAUAAAUGGCAGAAUUGCAUCCAAUAUUAAUAUUUCAGAAAUUUUACAAUUUAAAGAUCGAUACAAAAUUGAUGAUAAACUACAAGCUUUUCUCAGUCGGGUUAAUGUCAACCCAUCUAAUGUUCAACUAAUGACAAGAGAUGGCUAUCAAUUGCUUCAAGAAUUAAAAGAAACUUCAUUAGGAACUCUUAAUUUUUCCAGUUAUGCUAAUGUUAUCAAACAUAGUAUUACUCCAUUGGAUUUGGUGGCCAUUUCUAAUGAGUUGGAACAGGAGGCUAACAAACUUCCAAAACAAGAUUACGAAAAUGUGGCGAAAUUAAGAAACAUUGCAAUGGAUUUGAAAAUCCCUAUCAAUUUAGUUAUUAAAAUUAAAGAAACGAUAGAUACAUUAACGCUUAGCGCAGAAAAGAUUGAAAAGAAGUCUAUUUAUGGAAAUAUAGGUGUGAGAGAUGUGGUGACAAUACUAUUGCGUCAAUUAGAGUCAGCACAAGAUUUUAUCGCAACCAGAGGUCGAAAUGAAAUCCGAGAUUUGGCCGCAAAUCUAACCCGUAAUAUGAGCUUUCGUAUCGAUCAAUACGCAAACCAUGUUAUUGAUAAAAUGCAAACAUCGAUUGGUCGGUGCGAACCAGUCAGUCGGGCCAUCAAUUCAUCUGUAAUGGCGUUAUGUAAAGAAACAGUUCUUCCUUUUAAUGGCUAUUGGUUUUCAAUGUUGUCGUCUUUAGUUAUAUUAUUUCCAUCGACUUUCUUCUCAUACAUUCUCUCGCAUUUAUACCAAAGAGUCAAACGAUUUUCAAUACGAAGAGAAUCUGAUUCAACUCUUGACAAUUUAGAAGAGGACGACAUACCACUCGCUCAUCUUGAUAAUAAAAGUCAUUCUGAAGGUCGAGGAGGUCCGGCUCCCAGUGCGCCCCCAAAUAGGACACCAGAUGAUGACAACUGGUCUCCCGGAUCACUACCGCCACAUCUCUAUGGCUCGAGGCCUCCUCCAUAUAAUUUUGUUAAUUAAUUUCAUCAGUUAUUCUAAUUAUCAAUAUUAUUAUUUUUAUAUUAUUUACAAUACCUUUA